CAGACACUUCCGAAUCAUGUCUAAUGAAGUUUUCAGCACCACUUUAGCUUAUAACAAGAGUUCAAAAGUCACCAAAAGAACUGCCUUUCAGACCUUAUUUCAGGAGGAACUAAAAGAAGUAAUUUCAGUCCGGAAAUCCAGGCAGCCAAGUAUUGAGUACUCUGACGACUUCACCAGUGAUGAAGAUGGCACAUUGAGAGACGUUUCUGAGACUUCAAUGGAUGAAAAGACUAUUAAGAAAAAAGUCACUAAUAAGUUCCAUUUAUCUGAUGAUGACAAAAAGAAGUCCCCAAAAGUGACCUACCUGAAAAGUAAAAAAACACAUGGCAAAAAAGCCCAGAAUGCUCCUACAGUCACCAUCAAAAAUAAAGAAGUAGCAUCUGACUCUCAUGACAAGAGUGAACUUAAAUCCUUACUUGAAAGCCCGAGUAAAGAAGACAAAACUGAACAAAAGAAAAUGAAAGUGAAACCCAAACCUAAACCAAGGAAUCGUCAAAUCAAAAGUACAUCCUCAGAGGAACGGAUCGGUGGAGUUUCAGUAGAUGACAAUUUUAAGCCAUCACCUCGACAAAGAAGUAUCUUAAGAAAGAGCAGCCAUGUAGAGGAUAAAGAAGUCCCAGGGGAGGACAGUAAAAUUAAUUUUAGCCUAAAGCCAGCGUCACAUUCUGCUCCUUCAUCUCUAACCAGGCUGAAUGACAUAUUAUUAGAAUCUGAGAAAAGGGCGCUGUCUGAAAGUCCCAAUCCUGAGGGACCAUGGUUGAAAAGCCCUUCUCCAAUAUUACCACUUUAUCACUCAGUAUCCGCUGAUGAAAAUAUUGGAACGUUUUCACCCCUAUCUGGAGAAGGCUAUUCUGUAAAAGAAUGGGAUGAAAACCAAAAUUAUUUGAAAUUAGAAGACAGUGACAGGAAGUCUCCCCCAGUCAAGGGACUGAUGAUGACCACUGAAUAUGAUAAACUAAAUCAAAUUCAAGAAACUUCUGAACAUGAUCUUGAAGAAACUGCAAAGAAGUCAGAUCAGAUCAUGGAUAAUGACAUUACAGAUGCUCCAACGGAGAGUACAAUAACUACUCUAGAUGAAUCUCUGAAGACUCCAACUGAAGAUAAGAAUCAGAAGAACACUGAAACUAAACGAAGAGGGGAACAUCUGCCCAGCAGAUCAUUGACAUCUGAAUAUAUAAGACAAUCUCAUGCUAAGAAAAAAACUCCAUCUCUAGCAGCAUCUUCUCAGUACCUAGGGGUAUUAAAGGUAUUAGACAACAAGCCCUCACAGAAUCAAACCAUGGAGAUUGACAAAGCAGAUUCUCUUAGGGCAGCAGUUUAUCAGGAAUGGCUGGAAAAGAAAAAAACUUUUUUACAAGAACUUCAAAGGAUUAAAAGAAAUGAAGCUGAAGUCUUAAGAAUUAAGAAUGAGCAGAAAGGAGCUUCCAAGAAAGAAGAAGCUUUAGCUUCCUUUAAAGCCUGGAAGGCAAUGAAAGAAAGGGAAGCAAAAAAAAUGGCUAAAAUGAAGAAGCUUGAGGAAGAAAAAAUUAAACGAUCAGCGGAGGAGACUGCUGAGAAGAAAGGAGAAGCCCAAAAGGCUUUUGAAAAAUGGAAAGAGCAAAAGAUGGAGGACCUAAAAGAGAAAAGUAAAAAGGCAAAGCAAUUUGAGAGAGAAAAGAAAAAGAAAGCUGAGGAAAUUGAUGCUGAAAAGAAGAAAGUCAACAUUUUAGCUGUUGAAAAAUGGAAUGAAAAAAAGGAGAUUCUUUUCAAGCAAAAGGCAAAAGAGAAAAUAAACGAAAAGAGAAAUCAAGAAAUAGAGAAGUCUGCAAAAGAAGAUAAAGACAGACAGGCAUUAGAUGAAUAUGAAAGAUGGCUGGAAAGGAAAGAAAGGACUGAAAAAAAACAAAGGAAGUUUCAAGUUCUUCUUGAAAAUAAGACACCUCCUCCUUGGAGCCCUCCAAGCAAAACUGUAUCAUCAAGAAGCUCUUGAGAUAAAAAAUCUGCUGCUGGUGCUGCUAUUUAACAAUAACCAUUUUAAAAUGUAUCUGUGAGCAGG